GGGGCCGCGGCCAUGGCGGAGGGCGCCAGGCUGAAGAGGAAGCGCGAGGAGGAGGCGGCCGCGGCCGGGGAUGAGCCGAGGGACGGGGAGGCCGCGGCCAGGGACGAGCCGAGGGACGGGGAGGCCGCGGCCAGGGACGGGCCGAGGGACGGGGAGGCCGCGGAGCCCUUCCCGCUGCAGGAGCUGCGGCUGCGGCGGGUGCUGCGCGAGUCGGCGCGGGACAAGGCCGUGUUCCUGCACGGAGAGGUGACCAGCUCCUCUGGAGAGGGCACAGAUGCCGUGGUCAUCCUGGAGAAGACUCCUUUCCAGGAGGAGAAGGUGUUGGACCUGCUGAAGAGGCACCUGAAGCUGGAGCUGCAGAUGCGCAACGACAUUUACAGCACGUACCACCUCUAUCCCCCCGCAGAGCUCAGCGAGAUAAAGACCACGGUGGUGUACCCAGCCACGGAGAAGCACCUGCAGAAAUACCUGCGCCAGGAGGUGCACCUCAUUCGUGAGACCUGGGAGGAUUACCAGAACAUAACCCUGCCCUUCAUCCAGUCCCAGAGCUUCAGCAUCCAGUGGGUGUAUAACAUCCUGGAGAAGAAAGCUGAGGCAGAUCGAAUCAUCCAUGAAAACCCAGAUCCUCGUGAUGGCUUCGUUCUAGUUCCAGAUUUCAAGUGGAAUCAAAACCAGCUGGAUGAUCUGUACCUCAUAGCCCUCGUUCACCGCCGUGGGAUCAAGUCUCUCCGGGACCUCGGCGCCGAGCACCUCCCGCUGCUGAGGAACAUCCUGCAGGAAGGCACGGAUGCCGUAAGGAAGCGGUUUGGGGUCGCUGCCUCCCAGCUGCGCAUUUACCUGCACUACCAGCCCUCCUACUACCACCUGCACGUGCAUUUCACUGCCCUGGCCUACGAUGCCCCAGGCUGCUCUGUGGAGAGAGCCCAUCUCCUGGCAGAUGUGAUUGACAACCUGGCCCUGGACCCCAUGUACUACCAGAAACAGGCUUUGAGCUUCACCCUUCGUGCUGAUGAAGCUCUGUUGAAGAGAUUCCAGGAGGCAGGAAGAGUGUGAAGUGGCAGAGCUGCUUUGGGGAUCUUUCCUGGUGCCCACUCAGGGGGCAGGAGCUGGGCUGGGGGGUUUUUAUUCAUGUUUUGAUGCUUUUUUAUGGUGGUUUUGUCUUUUUUCAACUCAGGUUUUGUACAAGUUGGGGCUGGUGGCUCAUUGCUAUGGAAACCACGUCUCCUGCUGGAGUCAAUUAAAUCAUGGAUGGAGUAACCAAA